AUGAACAGCAGCGCGUACAAUAAGGAGCCGCGGACGACCGGGGACGACGAGGUCCAGAGCGCCAACCCGCGGAGCACGCAGUGGGUCCUCGCGGAGGAGGACCGCCGGGCGAGCGUGUGGCUGACCACGCCCGACCCGCUGUACAGGAUGACCAAGCGGCCCGACCUCUACUUCGAGGACCAGACGGAGAGCGUCCUCUCGGCUGACGGCCUUACCGUCAGCUUCUCGCAGCACGAGGGCCAGACCAUCGAGGGUUUCGGAGGCACAUUCACCGAUGCCGCUAGCGAACUGUUCAAAAGUCUGGACGAGGAUUUGCAGGAUGCCAUCCUGGAGGCGUACUUCGGGGAGACAGGGAUUGGCUACACGCUCGGGAAGGUGCCCAUAAACAGCAACGACUUCUCCAACGAGACCUACAGCUUCGACGACGCGGCGAAUGACACGGAUCUGGAGCAGUUUGAUCACGAUGUGAGCCACGACGUCAAAAGCAUCAUCCCGAUGAUCCUCGAGGCCCAGAAGAAGCUGGCGGACACGGAGCAGGAGAUGCACCUGCUGGGUGUACCGUGGAGCCCCCCUGGGUGGAUGAAAACCAACGGCCGCAUGGAGGGUUCCAAGGAGCCUUGCUUGGAUGGCAAGAUGGCCAGAGUCUGGGCCCGCUACAUCUCCCUGUGGAUCUCCGCGUACAUCGAGAAGGGCGUGCCCGUGUGGGCCAUCACCCCGCAGAACGACCCGACGGCCGACAAGGAGUGGGAGGCGUGCAGGUACUCCCCCGAGGAGGAGGCAGAGUUUAUCGCCAAGCACCUGGGGCCCGAAUUGAGCGAGUCGCACCCGAACGUGAAGAUAUUGGCCUUUGACGGCGACGCGGAGCUGAUGAUGAAUUGGACGAACGCAACAUUGAAGCACAGCGCAUCGGCCAAGUACGUCUCUGGCAUUGCGUUCCACUGGUUCAGCGGCGACAGCUUUGGCUUGAUAGGGGACGUUCAUCGGCAGCUGCCCGACGCAAUCCUGCUGAGCAGCUUAGCCGGUUACGCGAUGCCUCAACAUUGGGAGGGAUUCCAGCCCCAGGAUGCUUUUUUUGCCUCGGGCGAUUGGCAGCAUGGGCAAGGAUAUGCUCACGACAUCAUCGGUGACCUCAAUGCUGGCGCUCACGGUUGGAUCGAUGGAAGUUUGAUAUUGAAUUCGACGGGCGGUCCAAACCGUGCGGGUAAUUUGAUGGAUGCCCCAAUCAUGAUUUCAGGAGCAAAUUUAUCCAGAACGGUGGCGGAUCUUUCCAUCCGCAGUAUUAUUUUAUAG